UAGUUCGAUAUUCCUCGCGAUAUUGGCGACACUGUGCGCAUGUGUGCUCGUGCUCGUAAACACGUUUUCUGGAUCUUUGAGGUUAGAAACGCACUCUUUGCUCUGAGGAAGACAGAGUAUUUGACAGAGAGUCAGUUUUCUUUAAGAUGAAGAUUAAAACUUUACGAAAGAAUCCUCUGAGUCGACCCAGGGAGGAGGAUGACGCGGCGGCCGAUGAACCGAGCACCUCGGCGGAUAAAACCUCGCAAGUUUUGCUGCCGUCCGAUUCCAACUUCAAUCACAUCAAGUGCAAAGCGGUGAGGUACCAGAAAUGCCAGGAAUUGAUGAAGCAACGGGUGAAGGAGGCGAAGAAGGCGAAGAAGGCGCGGAUACAGGAGGGUGCGCCGAAACAGGUGCCGCAUACCCUAGAGAGUCUGCGAGAGAAGGACGAGACGACGAUAGUGGGCAGUCUGGAUGACGAGGCGAACGAGGAGUUCAGAUUUGAGUGCGAUCGCGACGAGUUCGCUGCCUAUUACAAGCAGGCGUACGAGCCGAAGGUGCUCAUUACGUAUGCCGAUAAUCCAAACAGGAAAACGAGAAUUUUUGGCCGGGAGCUCACGAGAAUAAUCCCCAAUUCCAUCUCGCUGUACAGAAAUCGCUCUGGCGUCAAGAAGAUGGUCAAGAGCGCCACAGCCAGGAACUUUACGGACAUAAUAAUCGUCAAUGAAGAUCGAUGCAAACCGAAUGGAAUGCUGAUCGUUCAUCUGCCAGAUGGUCCUACCGCACACUUCAAGCUCAGCAACGUUAAGAUAACGACGGAGUUGAAGCGCAGCCACAAAGAGAUCACGGAACACAGGCCAGAAGUUAUUCUCAAUAACUUCACCACGCGUCUGGGCUUUACCAUCGGCAGAAUGCUGGGGGCAUUGUUUCAUUAUCAGCCAGAAUUUAAAGGGAGGAGAGCAGUGACAUUUCACAAUCAAAGAGAUUACAUAUUUUUUAGACAUCAUAGGUACGAAUUUAAUCUCAAGACUGGAAAACCGAGAUUGAGAGAAUUGGGUCCACGAUUCACUUUGAAAUUAAGAUCGCUGCAGCGCGGAACAUUCGACAGCAAAUACGGCGAUUACGAGUGGAUCAUACAAGGCCGUAGGCAUGAAAUGGAGACAAGCAGAAGAAAGUUCUUUUUGUAAAUCUUAUAUAUUGGAAUUUAUUGAAAGAACUUUGUUGAAAAAGAAAUUAAACACGUCAAACAUACAAGUGGAACUGUAUUAGUUUUGUUGUAGAAAAAUAUAAAUUUGCAUCGCUA